CUACACUCUCACUCUCUCUCUCUCUCUCUCUCGCCAUGAAAGAACCGCCUUCCCUCCCCCGCCUCCGGGGGAAACCCUCAGCCGCCGCAGCCGCCGCCGCCGCCGGCAACACGUCAAGAAAGCUCAAGCUCGUCUGCAGCUUCAAUGGCGCCCUCCAGCCCCGCCCGCCGUCCGGCGACCUGCGCUACGUCGGGGGCGAGACCCGCAUCGUCUCCGUCGACCGCGGCGUCUCCUUCUCCCGCCUCGCGUCCAAGAUCGCCGACCUUUGCCCCAGCAUCCCGCCUGGCUUCUCCAUCAAGUACCAGCUUCCCCACGCCGGCGCCGGCGCCGGCAAAGGCGGCGGCGGCGGCGGCGGGGACGCGCCCCUGGUCUCGGUCGCCUCCGAUGACGACGUCAGGUGUAUGAUCGAGGAGCACGACAGGCUCGAGGCGCGCGGUAAGCACGCGAGGCUCUGGGUCUUUGUUCUUAGCGACGGUAGCGAUGGUAAGAAAGGUAGUCCAGACGGGGGGCUCAGGAAGGAUCGUGAUGCGUGGGGGGGUGUGUGUGGAGAGAAUGAGAUUUCGGGUAGGAGAGGGUUGGAGGGUUUCGAUGGUUGCGGAUUCGAGGGCCAGAAAGGUCAGGAGGCCCGAUUUCGCGGCAGUUGGGUUGGUUGCGCGGUCGUUAAGUAUCCAGUGAAUGGCGUUGCCGGGACGGGAUUUCGUGAUGAUCCUGUUAGGAAUAUGGGGUGGAACGAGCCAGUUCUAGUGAAGCAAUUGGCUGUUUACGAUAAUGUUCGAGAUGUUUCAAAUACAAAGAUGGAAUUUUCCACUCGCCGGGGGCGCGCAAAGUACGACCGGUCACCUGCUGGUUUGGCUUCUGGACCCCAAGCCCCAAUGGACCUGUUGGACCGUGUACAAGUGGGCACGCAUUUUCCGGGCAGUGAGAGUCGUUAUAAUCUUGUUCAAUUUCGGGUAGCACGCCCACGCCCUCUAACUCCAAGAAAUGGGAAUCUUCCGGUGCCAACGUAUGUAACUGCGCAGAUUUUGUCGAGGAAAUGUAGCCAUGAGUUGGGGAUCUGCAAAGGAUGCUUGAGUCAUUAUAUUACCAUACCUCAGGAUCCAAUGCAAUGGGGCAAUCCCACAGUGGUUUUGAACAGUCAAAGUGUUAAUGCUCCGAAAAACUUGAGAAGGAUUGAGGUGGGGUUGCACAGUCAUUUGAACAGGGAAAACAUUGUACCAUCACCUCGCACCAAUCCACUCACCGGAAGAAGUUAUACUCAAGAGCCUUCAGCUGUGGCUGGCAGGGCAUGGGGAGCAAUGCAGAGCAGUAACCACAGCCAUAGAUCUGGGGCAUCUGGUGCAAGAUAUCAGAGGGUUCAUCCAUAUCAUGUUCGAAAUCAUCGCUAUAAUCCAGCUGAGAUGGAGAGCUAUCUAGCUGUUAAAGCUGAACCAAGGCUCUCACUUGGAAAAAGUUGUCCUGGUCUCAAGCCUAUUUCUAAUAUGUCAAAGCAGGAGCAGUUCACGAGAACACAUCAGGCAGAGCACAAGGCAUGGACUGGAUUUUAUAACUGUUUGUCGAAUGGAAGUGUGAAUUUGAUGAACUCCUAUUUGAAUUGUGAAAAUCCUUGCAUUUAUGCUCAAGGUGUAAAUGGGAAGUCAGCUGUGCAUCAUGAUUCCAUAUGUCCAUCAACGUGCCUAGAGGUGAUGGAUGCUCAAGAAGAUGUCCAAUCUGCAUUAAAUGCAUAUAAGAACACUGCAAUACAUCAAACCUCCCCUGAAAAUUUUCUUAAUGGGUCAAAUUGUGAUUCUAACAUAUACAAGAAACCACAUCCUAUGGAUCCUUUGGAAAGUUCCGACGUAUGUCUCUUGCCAAGUGACGGCAAAUGUAGUGACAGCAUAGGCAUGAGAUGCAAUGGCAAGUAUCCCAGUAGAUCAAUGGGCAUUAACUUGUCAAGCUAUAAUAAUAACAUUUCAUCAUCAGUUGAUCUGUCAUUACAUCACCUCUCAUUGUCAUCACCCAAAGAUGUGGAACUAUCUGCACACUCUUGUCGUGCAACAAGCAACAUUUCUAAUGCUUUGACCAAGCCACAAACCAAGUCUAUAGAUUUGAUGGAGUUUAGCACGGGCCCACAACUUGAUGAAUCAAAUGGAGUUCAAUCUGAUUUGUCUUCAGAGGAUGUCCCUAAAGUGGAAAAAGAUCAUGUUUAUGAAGAUAAUCCGGAGGAACUUUCAUCAGGUUUAAGCAUUGAUGACAAGGAAAAGUCUAAAGAGAGUCCCAAGUGCUCUAAAUUAAUUGGUGGCAUCUCAACGGACUUGACUGCUUUUUAUGCACACCUCACUUCUCAAGGGCUGCAGACUAUUAGAACUACAGAUGUAGAAUGUAUAAAAGAACUGGGAUCGGGUACAUAUGGGACUGUGUACUAUGGGAAGUGGAAGGGAUCUGAUGUUGCGAUUAAGAGGCUAAAAUCCUGUUGCUUCACAGACGGUGCUGCUCGGGAAGAUCGUCUGGUUGCUGACUUUUGGAAGGAAGCUCACUUGCUGGGCCAGCUUCACCAUCCAAAUAUAGUGGCAUUUUAUGGAGUAGUUUCAGAUGGGCCCGUGACGGAUUUGGCAACUGUAACAGAGUAUAUGGUCAACGGCUCCCUCAAACAAGUCUUACGAAAGAAAGAUAGGACGAUUGAUCGUCGGAAGAGGCUGAUUAUAGCAAUGGAUGCAGCCUUUGGGAUGGAAUACUUACAUGAGAAGCACAUUGUUCACUUUGACUUGAAAUCUCAUAAUUUCCUCGUGAAUAUGAGGGACCCACAGAGACCAGUUUGUAAGAUUGGUGAUCUUGGCUUAUCAAAAAUCAAGAAGAAAACGCUUGUCUCUGGUGGAGUACGAGGGACAAUACCGUGGAUGGCUCCUGAACUUUUCAACAAUAAGAACAACAUGGUGACAGAGAAGGUUGAUGUCUACUCAUUCGGAAUAGUCAUGUGGGAACUUUUGACAGGGGAAGAACCCUAUGCAAACUUACGGUCGGAAGAUAUAAUAGCUGGUAUUAUCAAAGGAACUCUGCGACCCGAAAUCCCGAGUUGGUGUGACCCCGCAUGGAGAUCACUGAUGGACAGAUGUUGGUCCACCGAUGUGAAUUCAAGGCCCUCCUUCUCAGACAUUGCGAAAGAGCUACGAGCCAUGUCAGCUGCAAUGAACAUUAAAUGAUGAUAUAUAUAUAUAUAGGUCUUCCGGUUUCUUUUGCUGUAACUAAGUAAACUUUAGGAACACCGAGGACAGGGCAUGUUGGGGCGUUGAGUACUAUUUGCCGUCCACUGUCUUAGAGGACUGUUAUGAAGAUAGUGACCGUUGUUAGGAUCUGUCGACAACGGUGAAUUAAUUUUUGCAGUCACCGCUGUGAUGCGACGAUCCAUACUUCCAGAGCCGCAUGCUUGUGAGAUGAACAUGCAGGACGUUGAGUGAAACUGUCGCUUUUCUUGCUGAGAUUGCAAUUCAUAAUGCAUUCUUGGGAGUCUC